AGUGCUGCCAGCUGGAAUGAUUUACAGUUGGCAACACUUAACACUCUAAAUUUGAAAAGAUAGAGAAGCUUUUCAUGGUACUGAAAAUGUCUUUGUACAACCAACUCAAACUUCUUUACGAUCAAGGUCUAUACAGCAAUGUAACUAAUUUGGCAAGCAUGAUACUGACAAUUAGCGAUCACAGUCACGAUUUACUCCUGCCGUCUGCAAAAUAUCAGAUUUUGGUCUAUUAUGGAGAUUCGUUAUAUCACGCAAAGGAUUACAGAAAAGCAGAGACAAUUUUUCGUAAGGCUCUACAACUAAAGAAAUCUAUGGCAAAAGCUAAAGGAAAAUCUCAAGGAGUUACACAGGGAGUGUCGAUAAAUCAGGAAAUGGCGUCCGAAGUCGAUGUAAAGUAUCAGAUCUACCUCUGUCAUCUACAUCUGAAGCAAUACAGUCAGUCCAUAGGCGUCCUCGAAAGUAUCCCCGGUAAGCAGCGAACACCAAAAAUUAACAUGGCUCUAGCAAAAUUGUAUCAUCAGAGCGGAAUGGAGAGAUCUGCGAUUACCGGUUAUAAAGAAGUGUUAAAGGUCUGUCCAAUGGCCGUCGAAGCCGCUUUAGGUCUCUUGGCUCUUGGUGUAAAGGGAACGGAAGUCGCUUCAUUGAUGCUUCAUUCUUCUUCGGGAAUACCCAAUAUGGAAUGGUUAUCAACAUGGAUUAAGGCUCAUGCUCAUCUUCACGCCAGAGAACUCUCUCUCUCUGUCGCCACCUUUAAGCAGUUAGAAUCAAAGACUCUCCUGCGUGACAACGUGGACAUCCUCGUAUCGCUCGGAGAAGCUUAUUAUUAUAGCGGCGAUUUCACCAACGCUCUCGUCGUUCUGGAGCGGGCCCAUAGUCUCGAUUCGCUUCUCCUGAAAGGAAUGGACAUAUACUCGGCCCUGUUAGCCAAAGAUAGGAAAGUGAAAGAAUUAGAAAAUUUAUCCACUCAGCUGAUGUCGAUAAGCGAUUCAACUCCAGAACCGUGGAUAGCAAUGGCAUAUUAUUGCUACGUGGCAAAGAAAGGUACCCGAGCCAUUUACUUUGCGCAAAAGGCUUGUAUGAUAAACGCUCGUCACGUCGAAGCAUUGUUGCUGAAAGGUACUAUAUUGCUCGAAUUGAAGAGGGUACAGGAUGCCAUUACCCAUUUCGGAGAAGCUUAUAAAAUCGCACCAUUUCGAUACGAGACUCAUAAAGGAUUAGUCGACUGUUACAUGGCACUCCAUCGUACACGUGAAGCCAUCGCUUUUGCCAGUAAUGCCUGCAAACAACUGGGACAGACACCUCGAUCCUUAACGUUGUAUGCUUCCGUUUUAACCAAAGAUCCACUAUGCGUCGAAAAGGCGAAGACGCUAUUAGAAAAGGCUUUAAAACAAGAUUCCACGUAUCUCGAAGCCGUGUAUCAGCUGACCGAAAUUUAUGAGCAGGAACGCCAAUAUCAGAAAGGAAUUGAACUUCUCAGAAGACAAAUUGAACUGCAGAGCACCAGUCGCUUACAUCAGAUGUUGGGUGAUUUAUUAGCGAGAACAAACGAACACGAAAAAGCAUUACACCACUUCAGCAUAGUUCUAAACAUGGAUCCAAAUAAUGCCAGAGCAGCGGAAGGGAGGCAGAGAGUCGAACAGCAUCCCGAAUCUCUAGAAAGUUCUUACGAAGUGGAGGCAGAAGACAUCGGCGAUUCGGAAAAUGAAGUUGAACUAGAAGAGAGCGAAGUGGAAACGAUAUGGUCCGACAUAGAUUACACAUAAAUACAAAGACGUUUGUGUAUAUUUUUUAAGUUAUUUCGGUAUUAUCUUUCAUUACCUUUAUCGUACGGGUAAGCAGAAGUAAUUGUGGAUUAUACUAACAUUAAUUUUUUUAAUAAUGUUUUGUUUUGAUAAGAAACACCGGUCAAAAUUCAAAUUGAGUUUACAACUGGAUACAUUUAAUUUCUUUGCUCAAAGUUGUCGUGUAGGGAUGUAAUGGGGAAAUCCCGGGACCACCGAUUUAUAGGGGAAGAGCGUGGAUCACAAAUAACCGAAUGUUAAGAUAAACAUGCGGGAUAUAGAUUGAAAUUACUUGUAACUUCUGUGUAUAUAUGCAUUUAUUUUUGUGUAAAGUGGUCAAAGUUUUUGUGGCGUCUAAUAAAUUGUGUAUAUAUAAAACAAUUUCUCAAAAUGCAAUGACCUGUGGGGUGUACAGUACAUAAUUCAUUGUUACUAUUUUGAAAUGCCUAGCUUUAAAACAAUACAAGGAUAAACAAAACCAAUUCUUUGUCUUGCAGUGUAACUUGUGCAGUUCGAAUCUGGAAAACUUCAUUCCACCUGUUCCUCUCAAAAUGUAUAGCAGAUUGAAUAACAUGAUGAUUGUUUUAAAUGUGUGUGUGAUUCUUCUAUGUAAAUUCAGUGAUAUUGGCCACUUUUGUAUGGUAUGCUGGGUCAUUGGCAUAACCUCACCACUUUGUGUGGGAUUGUUUGUCAGUAUGGAAAAACCUGGGACCAUAUUCUGGUCACCGUCUCUGGUCUGGUCUCUUGCAAGCCAGUCGCUGAUUGGCUAAUCCAAAUGAUUAGCCAAUCAGCAACCGGCUUGCAAGAGACGAGACCAGAAUACGGCUCCUGGUUCUUGAGUUCUAUGCUUCAAAACUGCACAUUAAGCUCCAAAAAAUUUCGAGCAUAAUGUGCGGUGCACUUCACUGGAACACUGCACCACUUCACUGGAACACUGCACAUUAAGCUUGGGGUUAGCUCAUGUUCCCAAUUUUCCAAGUCCCAGAUCCAAUGUGUGGAAUGUCAUUUUGUCCGAAAAGAUCAUCUUUUCCAAGAACUCGGGGAUUUCAGCACAAACUAUAGGUGACAAGGCUCAUUGCCUUUCCAUCACACUUAAACAGUUUGAAGUGUGUAGGUAUAAACAAGUUUGCAUGCCAAAGCACCACUCAAAAAUUCUUCACACCUUACCUGUGUCUACGGUGUACCUGUUUUGAUGGAUAUCUUGUAUCGAAUUCUGUUCUGAAACAGUGUCAAACUGUGAUGGGUGACUUAAAGCUAAAGCAUUUUGAAAUGGUAAUAAUACAUUAUGUUCUGUACAUCCCAUAUAUGAUGCAGAUUUUUAUAAUCAGAGGAAUUACCUACCACUACAAAGCGAAAGGCAAAGAAAAGAGCAAUAUAUAAAUCAUCUCAAAC